GUGCGCAAUGCGUGGCUCGAUAUACGUAGCAGUCGGGGUAACUCAGAACCCAUAAUCAGCUCCCUCGCUAUCCAAGCGGGAGUAUAUUUCCUCGGUCCGUAUCUUGCCUGUACACACGCCAUCUCCGGUAAGCUUCCGGAGUCCUCAUUCCUCAAAGGAAGUGUGACUGGAAAUCUGCUACUCGACUGGAACAUUUAAGGACUUCGCGGAGAACUGGAUCUUUCACCGGCGUAAGACGAAGAGAUCGCUAUGCAAGGUCAAAUCGGUUCAGCGUUUGUGUUCGCCUGCUUCGUCGCAGCACUGCGAUUAAACCUAGUUUCGUCGCAGGGCACUUCUGGCACUCCUGAUAUGACGAAGUUUCUCAAUACUAGCCAGCCAAUAUGGAUGUACAUGACAUCGACCACACAGCGAGGAUAUGACUGCAAGGUGGACGUCAUCGAUAAUGUAACCGAUAAUUACGUCCUCUUUCGGAGACUUCUUGGCUACAGGAAAUUUAUAGUCAGCGAUUUCCAGCAGUUUCUCGAAGGUCACCUCUGGCAUAGCAAAUCUUCAAAUGUUCCCGGAAACCAGGCGUAUGAUGCACUGAACGUCAGCUAUCGAGGUGCUGCUCCUUUUAGCAGCGAGAUAUUGUUAUACCAAAGCGCGGACAACGAGUGCGGUAUAGUUGCUGUUUAUGAUCUGGUGAAUGGUGGAACAGAGCCCACGUAUGAGCUUCGGGUGAAAAACUCUUCGAUAGAAGUGGUUGAACAACACGACUGCUUCAAAGUGUACAAUAUGACUGUGGAAGGAAAACCGGCAAAGGUCUCCUACUUACCGAGUUGUCAAAAUAUCCUGAUAGGCAUUAACAAUAUCAUUCCCGGCGUUGUCAUUGGUAGAAGAGCCGUACUUUUCAGCGGUACGGGAGCUGAGAUACCUUUGUGCUGGUUUCCCAUGGCCCUCUUCUACGGCCCUUUCCCAGCGGCACCGAUUUGUUUCCCUCCUAUGGGGGGCCCAAGCAGUGCUGGGCACUCAUCCACUUUUCCGUUUAUUAAAAAAUAAAUUAUGAGGUUUCGCAUGCCAAAACCACUAUCUGGUUAUGAGGCACGAGUAGUGGGGGACUCCGGAAAAAUUUGGACCACCUGGGGUUCUUUAACGCGCAUCUAAAUCAAAGUACACGGGUG